CAUCAUUAAAUACCCUGAUGGAUCCCCUUGCUUCCCCACCGAAAGCUGUGCAUGGCGCGAAAUGUACAUUCUGUUGGUAGACCUGAAUUUUGCGUGUAUGAUACUAGCGAUUCCGACAGACCAUUCAUGGAAAGAUCAUGAUGGUACAUUGAAACUUCCGGAUUGGUGUUUCAUCCUUCUUCCAGCACUGUGUGAUGCUGUUUAUCAUCAUGUUUGAAGGUAUAGCCCAUCACAUGCCAGCUCCUAAUGUGGCUGCGGGAUAUAAGUACGGCGCAAAUGCUGCUUUGCUGGGUGAAAGCGCUCAAGCCUCACUCAACAUCAAUGUCUUCCUCUUCCUCAACGCAGGACCUCAUCCCACAACUUCAACUCGGGAACACUUUUGGGGCACUUUUUAUCGGGGUCAUCAUUGCAACAAUGCUCUUUGGUCUAACCAAUGUUCAAGCUUUCUACUACUUUCAGACGCACAAGGGCACAGGGAUCACAUUCAAUAAGCUGGCCGUGCGUUCAUGUUUCCUUCCGAUACUCGAUGCUCUGCACCUGGCCUUAAUAGUCCAUUGCAUCUAUUAUUAUUUGGUGACGAACUACGCGAACAUCAGUGUACUCAUAUACAUCGUAUGGAGCCUCAAACUUCAGAUCAUCGUCGAUGUUUUAAUCGUCUUUGGGGUACAUUCUCUGUAUGCCUAUCGCAUAUGGUUAGUCGCCAAGGGCCGAGCAAGAGCCCUCCCUAUAACAGUGGGCAUAAUCGUAAUCCUAACCUCAGGUAAGUAUCAAUGCCGCAUGUUCUCGGAUCUUCUAAAAAUCGAGUGGGCGACGUUUCUGACUUUGGGCACGAUUACUUUUGUCGACAUCGUUAUUGCAUCAACGCUAUGCUAUCUCCUCGCUACUUCCCGAGCGUCCACAUCUUCAACUCAUAUUUCAUCCAGCAUAUGUUCAAUGGCGGCUGUGAUUACGUGCGCAGCGAUGCCACACAACUUGAUAUUCCUCGGCGUUGAAUUUUUAUUGGCUAAAUUAUAUGUCAACUCGUUCCUCGCACUCCUGAACGCGCGAAGCUACUCGAAGCCUACCACAGAUACUAAUGACUCUUCUGAAGUUCAUAUGCGCCACGUCGUCUACCGCCCGGAGCUGAACAUCAAGGCGUCGCAAGACGAAGAAUCCCAGGGAUCCCGGAAGAACAUGUUUAAACAUUCCGUCGAUGAAGUGGUGCAUAUUACUCCAUCUGCCAUGCCACAUCUCCCCAUUGAGGUGACAGUAGAGACGAAUUCCUUCUUAUCAGUGUGAUAGAUCAGUACUAGUAUGCAUGUAAUGUAUUGUUGUCCGUCCGUCUCUUCGCGAGAUGGAACAUAUGAGUCUUUAUCUAU